GGGGCCCGGCCGAGUGCGGAGCGCGGGCCUUGCGCGCGCUGAGUGUCUAUUGGCUGAGCGUCCGGACCGAGCGAAGCCACGCCCCUUGGCGGGUUCUCUGGGGCUGCGGGUUGGAGACUGCGCACCAGGUUAUCAUGAAGAAGCUACGAGCGUCUGUAAGGAGUCACAGGAAGCCACUAGCCAACCACGAGAGAAGGAGAAAAUGUGCCCUCAGCAGUAGCCAGGCCACGCCCUCUGCCUCUGAUGGCCAGGCCAAGCCGAAGAGAGAAGAGUUACUGCAGGCCUCCGUCUCCCCGUACCAUCUGUUCAGGGACAUGGCCGAUGUCACGACUUUCCGAAGGAACUUGCUCAGCUGGUAUGACCAAGAGAAGCGGGACCUACCUUGGAGGAGAUGGGUCAAGGAGGAGGCCAAUUUGGACAGGCGGGCCUAUGCUGUGUGGGUGUCAGAGGUCAUGCUGCAGCAGACCCAGGUCGCCACAGUGAUCGACUAUUACACCCGAUGGAUGCAGAAGUGGCCAACACUUCAGGACCUGGCCAGUGCUUCCCUGGAGGAGGUGAACCAGCUUUGGUCUGGCCUGGGCUACUAUUCUCGAGGCCGUCGGCUGCAAGAGGGAGCUAGGAAGGUGGUGGAGGAGCUGGGAGGUCACAUGCCACGGACAGCAGAGACCCUGCAGCAGCUCCUGCCUGGCGUGGGGCAGUACACAGCCGGAGCCAUUGCUUCGAUGGCCUUUGACCAGGUGACUGGUGUGGUGGAUGGGAAUGUUUUACGGGUGCUCUGCCGUGUCCGUGCCAUUGGUGCCGAUCCCAGCAGCACCCUUGUCUCUCAUCACCUCUGGAGCCUAGCUCAUCGGCUGGUGGAUCCAGCCCGGCCGGGGGACUUCAAUCAAGCAGCCAUGGAGCUGGGGGCCACGGUCUGUACCCCCCAGCACCCUCUCUGCAGCCGGUGCCCUGUGCAGAGCUUGUGCCAGGCAUACCAGCGGGUGGAGCGGGAACAGCGCUCAGCCUUGCCAGGCAGUCCUGACAUAGAGGAGUGUGCUCUCAAGACUAGACAGUGCCAGCUUUGCCUACCUCCCACUAAACCCUGGGACCCCGCUCUGGGAGUGACCAACUUUCCUCGAAAGGCCAGCCGUAAGCCUCCCAGGGAGGAGUACUCUGCCACUUGUAUUCUGGAGCACCCCAGAGCCACUGGGAGUCCCCUCAUCCUGCUGGUCCAAAGGCCUAACUCAGGUCUGCUGGCAGGACUGUGGGAGUUCCCAUCUGUCACCUCGGAGCCCUCGGAACAGCACCAGCACGAAGCCCUUCUGCAGGAGCUGCAGCGCUGGUCUGGACCCCUCCCAGGCGCUCGUCCCCAGCACCUGGGGGAGGUGAUCCACAUCUUCUCCCACAUCAAACUGACGUAUCAGGUGUAUAGUCUGGCCCUAGAAGGACAGACCCCAGUGGCCCCCGCACCUCCUGGCGCUCGAUGGUUGACUUGGGAGGAAUUCCACAGUGCAGCUGUCUCCACCGCCAUGAAAAAGGUGUUCCGUGUCUAUGAGGACCAUCAGCGAGGGACCCGCAAGGGUUCUAAAAGGCCCCGGAUGUCUACUCCAUCAAGCCGGAAAAAACCCAGCCGGGGCCAGCAAGUCCUGGAUAGUUUCUUUCAGCCUCGUAUUCCCACAGACACACCCAACAGUACAGCCCAGUGAUUCCCCCAGGAAGCCCACCCCAAAUCCAGUCUUAAUAAAAUGCUUAUUUUUGUA